GUAGGAAGGCGGAAGGAUAUCCAAAAGCAUAGCCAAACGCGAUUUGGGAGGAGAGAAAGACGGAACUACAAUCCACGUCAUCAUCUGAUUCCCCACCUCAUUUCAUCACCUCUCGCAGGAAACCCUAGGCAUUCGUCUGAUAGGGAGAAGAAUCGAAGAAUCGAAGAAGAAGAAGAAGAUGGUGUUCUACUUCAAGUCUCGUCCCGAAUCGGUAGAAUACACCAUCUUCAUGGGACUUGACAAAUACGAGAACGAAGAUCUCAUCAAAUACGGCUUCCCUGAAGACAUAUGGUUCCAUGUUGAUAAGAUGUCCUCAGCUCAUGUUUAUCUGAGAUUGCCCAAGGGUCAUACCAUGGAUGAUAUACCUGAAGGCGUGCUGGAAGAUUGUGUACAACUAGUGAAGGCAAAUUCCAUCCAAGGAAACAAGCAAAACAAUAUUGAUGUUGUGUACACUCCAUGGCAAAACCUUAAAAAGACUCCUUCCAUGGAGGUUGGCCAAGUUUCCUUUCACAACCCUAAACUGGUGCGCACUGUCAAAGUGGAGAAGAGAAUAAAUGAUAUAAUAAAUAGAUUGAACCGGACAAAGGUUGAAAGAAAGACUGACUUGAAGGCUGAGCGUGAGGCCGUUAGUGCUGCUGAAAAAGCUGAGAGAAAGAAUCUGCUGAGGGAGAAGAAACGUCGUGAGGAAAUGGAGCGGCUGGAAAAGGAGAGGCACGCUGAGUUGAGGAGCUACAAAAAUCUGAUGGUGGCCGAGAAGAUGACAUCAAACAAAAACAUUGCAACAACUGGAAAAUCUCUGCAAGAACUCGAAGAAGAUUUCAUGUGAGUGGACCCCGGUAGUUCUACGAUAUCCGCAACUUUUUAUAGCCCCAUUCUGAAAUUAUGCAACGACGGGAAAUAAUUAGUCGAGAAAAAAGGGGCCAAUGUGAAGUAUAGUAGAGAACGCUUGGCGAAAGGAAAGAGGUGGGGAUUAUUGGGUUGUGUUUAUGUUGCUAUUUGGUCUUAUAGUUGGCUCUUUCUUUGACAGAGCAUUAUAAGAUGAGACUUUUGCCUUUGUACUAUGAAUAAUGCCCUCUUAUAUGAAACAAUGCAUGAUGAUGAUGAAGAUACUAAUGUAUUAUGCUUCUUGUUCAUUGUGGCUUCCUUUUUGCAGCUUUUUCUUAUCUUAUA